ACGCGGCUGCUACUGCGGGAUCGCUUGCGCAGCCAACACAUCUCCCGGCUGGGCUACAGGCAGCCCUGGGCGCUGGUGGGGAUCCUCGGAGGGGAUCCGCUUUCGACGUCGGAGGAUAAGAGAGAGUAUCAUGGGAAUGGGACAACAGGGUUAGCCGUAGCCCAAAGAGAAUUCCUCACCUACGAUGGCACCCGUUUCACUGUUACUGCUUUCAGUGGAUGGAUAAAAGGAGUGCCUCAUAAUGGGUUUAAAGUGGAGGUGUCCAAAGGAAUAAUUCUCCAUUUAGUGGAUGAUGUUAGAAGUUGGUUACCUGGUGACAGGAUCGUCAUUGCCAGUACGGAUUAUUCCAUGCAUCAGGCUGAGGAGUUCAAUCUCCUUCCUUGCCCUGAAUGUAAAAGCAAUCAAGUGAAAAUUGAUGGCAGCCCACUUUAUCUUCAUAUUGGCGAAGUCAUAGACGGCAUCGAUAUGAGGGCAGAGGUCGGUCUUCUGACUAGAAAUAUACUUAUCCAAGGAGAAAUGGAAGACUCCUGUUAUGGAGAAAAUCAAUGUCAGUUUUUCUCCUUUGACACGUUUGGAGGACAUAUUAAAAUCCUAGCGAAUUUUAGCUCUGUGCACAUGUCAGGUGUGGAGUUAAAAAACAUGGGGCAGCAAAUCCUGGGCAGUUACCCUGUGCACUUUCACAUGGCUGCAGAUGUCGAUGAGAGAGGAGGGUAUCAACGCCCGACAUACCUUGAUAACCUGGCUAUCCACCACUGCUUCUCUAGGUGUGUUGCCAUACAUGGGACUCAUGGCCUGCUGGUAAAAGAUACCAUUGGCUAUGACACUCUGGGGCACUGUUUUUUCCUUGAGGAUGGGACGGAGCAGCGCAAUACGUUCCAGCACAACUUGGGCCUGCUCACCAGGUCGGGAACCAUCUUGCCCUCAGAUCGCAAUGAAGCAAUGUGCCUUGCCAUCAGGAGCCACGUCUAUGGGAAUUACAUUCCGGUGCCAAGCACUGACUGUAUGGCUGUCAGCACUUUCUGGAUUGCAAAUCCAAACAACAACUUAAUAGAGAAUGCAGCUGCCGGUGCUCAGGAUGUCGGGAUCUGGUACAUCUUCCAUCGGGUUCCAACUGGACAGUCUGAAGGGCAAUAUCCAGAAGGAAAAGCUGAACAUACCCCCUUGGGAGUAUUUUACAACAACAGAGUCCACUCCAAUUUCAAGGCUGGUUUGUUUAUUGGAAAAGGAGUAAAGACAACAAGAGCCAGCGCUGAAGAUCCCAGAGAGUAUCUCACUGUCGAUAAUGCCAGGUUUCGCCCACAUCAAGAUGCUGAUCCUGAAAAGCCACGAGUUCCUGCUGUAAUUGAUGGUCUCAUUGCUUUUAAAAAUAAUGACCAUGGGGCCUGGGCCAGGGGCGGUGACAUUAUUUUCCACAACUCUGGGUUUUCAGACAAUGGAAUUGGGCUCACACUGGCAAGUGAUGGGACAUUCCCAACUGACGAUGGCUCUAGCCUGGAGGUGUCACGCUCCAUUUUUGUUGGAGAAAGCAGCAAUCUGGGUUCCCAGGGAGGCCAGAACAGCUACUGGGGAAAAGGGGCAAAUGGAGAAUACAGGACACUGCCCAGAAACAAGACAUUCCCUAUUCGUGGAUUCCAGAUUUAUGACGGGCCUGUCAGGAUGGCAAAAUGCACUUUCAAGAAGUUUACCCCAACUGCUGACCGAUACUCAAGUGCCAUCGGCUUCUUUAUGAAAAACUCCUGGCAGAUUAGCCCCCAGAAUAAUGUGUCACAAAUCCUGAUGGAGAAGAGCGUUGGACUGAAAGUGUUUUUUGGCAGAGCAGGCCAGUGGUUUGGAAAUAAUGAUAAUGAUGGUGACAAAAUGUCUGUCUUCCAUGAUCUGGAUGGCUCCGUGACAGGAUAUUCCAACAUUUUUGUAGGCAGAGCAGACAACUACCUGCUCCGUCAUCCCGGCUGCGUCACCGUCCCCCGCUGGAAUGGGGUGAUGUGCACUGGUAGAUAUGCACAGCUUUAUAUUCAGGCCAGGCGCCCUGAGAAUCUGACCUUAUCCAUUGCCAGAGCAGCAUACCACUCCCAUCCCUUGCAGUUGCAAGGCGUGAACAGAGGAGCGCCGUACCAGCAAUACCAGCCGGUCGUCAUGCUGGAGCAGGCUUACAUCAUCCAGUGGGAUGGCAGAGCGCCUGAGGAUAUCAUCCUGUACCCAAUCAACUUCAACAGAGGAGACUGGCUGCACAUUGCCCUCUGCUAUCCCAGGAACACCAUCUUCCACGUGGUGAAAGAUAUCUACCAGCGACGGACGGGGAUGGUGCACAGCAUAAAGCAUUACCUCAUGGCUCCUUCCCGUGACAGUGUUCUCAAUGGGACUGGCGAGCUCUUCUACUUUGACAGAGCACUGGGGUACCUAUUUGUCCACCUGCAAGCCCACGAAGCUCGGCAAGGGCACAGUUACUGCUCCCAGCAAGGCUGUGAACGUAUCAAAAUCAUGGCGCAGAUGUAUCCGGGGGGGUCCUGGAGCUGUGUCCCCAACCCCUUUUUGCAGAAGCCAGCUGCCCCGCAGCGCCCCGUGUCCCAGCACCAGGCAGUGCCAUGCAGGGCUUGUGGGGCCCCACAGCUUGCUAUCACCAGCACGCCCUCAGUCAAGUAUGUAAGAAUCCAGAUCCAGUCCCUCAGCAAGGCAGACAUACAGAACCACUUGACAUCUGCAUUCAUUAAGAUAAAUGACACGACGCUCCUGUUCAAUAGCCCUGGGGUGUUCUUCGUGGUGCUGGAUGCAUGUUCAGGAGCAGUCGUGAGUAGGCGGCAUUUUGACACAGUUGCUGGGGAAAAUGUGACCAAUUCAAUAACUGAUUAUGUUCAAACACUAAUAAAAGAGAGGUACAAUUCACUGAGGACUGAAAGCACAUCUGUGAGGAUUGCAGCCAGGCAAACGCUUGACUUAAAAGCAGGCUUUUCAGUGCAUAGAUGGCUAAAGAGUCUCAGGACUGCACAGUAUCACAUAUCACUUGUUCUUGUGUGCUCUAGAGAUAUUGGAGACAAGGUGUGGAGCUCUGAAAUGUCUGUUUUUACAAGGUUAGGUUCGGCAAAGCCUAUUGUCUUCCACAGAGAAGGGAGUUUUGCUAUGCUUGGCUAUAAAGGACAAGCCAAGCCCUCCUGGAUUAAAGUCCUUAAUCAUGCUCGUUAUCAGAAAACUGCUUCUCUACAGCAUUAUGUUCCCUUGAAGAUGAAAGAGUAUCAAUGUUCAGAUAAUGCCUUUUCUCAGAACCACUCAGAGCACAACUCUGCAGGGGCUGCAGCACCCUGCGAUUAACAUCGUUGGUGUAACCACAGCCAGGCAAGUCCAGCAGCUGUCACCCAACUGCUCUUGUUUUUAUGGGAUUGUAUCAAACCGAUGUUGUUUACUUGUAUAUUUUAUAAUUAAUAAAUAUAUUCUCAUCUUA